UGUCGGAACAUUUUCAACAGCUAUUGUAAAAGAAACCGAAAUCACGAGCGCGCCUUGGCACAGCCACUUAUCCAGUGACCUAGUCACAAUGCUGUAGAAUCUUAUCCGACGUGUACUCUUUACUUGACCCCCGUCAUCGUCGACGAGAGAUCUAGCCUGGAAUGUCUUACUAUACCCCUAAUCCUGCCAGUGCCUAUACAUCAAACCCUGCUAGUUCCUAUUCGUCAAACCUCAGUCGAUACCCCACUGGUUCCCAACCCAGGUCGUACAAUCAUCAACACGGUCCCCCAGCCGGUUCUGAUCCUCAGCUCUGGCAGUGGUUCUGCGCCGUUGAUACUGAUCGAUCGGGCGCUCUCAGCGUCACAGAACUUCAGGAUGCCCUGGUAAACGGUAAGUGGACAAAGUUUGAUCUCGACACGGUGAAGAUGCUCAUGAAUAUCUUUGAUACCGAUCGAAGUGGAACCAUCGGCUUCAAUGAAUUUGCUGGCUUAUGGAAGUAUAUUGCGGAGUGGCAACGGGUCUUCAAGCACUUCGAUAGAGAUCAUUCUGGUUCCAUCGAAGGACGUGAACUUGCGGAAGCCCUCCGUAACUUUGGUUACAACCUAUCUCCCCCUUUGUUGCAAGCACUGGAAAUCCGAUACGCAUCUGCUGCACCUAGUGCGUAUGGCCCCCCUCCUGGUAUUACUUUCGACCGCUUCGUGAGGGCAUGUGUGACCGUCAAGACUUUGACCGAAACAUUCCAAAGGGCGGAUCAUGAUAAUGACGGCUGGAUUCAGCUUAACUAUGAAGGGUUUUUGAAGAUCUCGCUGAGUGCGCCUUAAUGUGAUAAAUCACGUCUGUAUUCGUCAUGUACAUUGGAGAUGUAUGAUAGCCUUGGAAAUACGGUAUUUCAUGUAUAUGCAACCCUCAGCAUGUAUGAAUGAGCCUCGCCAAAGAUAAUAUUGAUUCUUUCAGCGUGAUGAAAA